AUGACUUCAAUUCAUCCUAAUCCAUCGCCAGCUAUAAAAGCUACGGCAUCGUCAUCUUCCCAUCCGGACCUCAAUCAAUCCCCAAGCAUAUCAAACUCACCCGCAUCGAGUUUCUCUGAUGCGUAUAAAGAAGACGCCCAAAUGGCUAACGUAAAAAAUGGAGAUUCAACACUUAUCGACGACGACUAUGCAAUGACGUUUGACUCUGAUGGGGAAGAACUUUCUGAUAGACAGGAUACUCGGGACAUAUUGCAGGAAAAUUUUGAGCCAGGCAUUGUAUCAUUGCCAUCUAUCGUAUCAGCCACCAAUCCAUCAUCUACCUAUCCUUCUCAAAAAACUGAUGCCAUCGAAUUGCCUCAUCCUGGCGCAUCCGCCGUCCAUCCUCCCCACCUCAACCCUACCACCCAUGUUGAUCAGGCUCCUGAAGCGCCUGAUUUCACUGUUAAUCAUAAUAGCACUAAUUCUGCCCAGAUUCCUAUCGUUACUACUUCUACCUUCACUAAUAAUGAAAUGCCUAGUGCAAGGCCUCAAGCCUUUGACGAUCUUACUGCUAGUGGUAUUGAUAUUCAACAGCUCUUGGACAACAUUACAGCCAAUGCUGAGAAACCAGAUUCUCCCUAUCUAAAGAAUCACAGCCUUCCCAUGCAUGCAAGCCUUCCGCCACGUCCAAUUGUCUCCCAGAGCCGCAAUCGUCCUGACGAGGCGCCAAAAUAUUUUGUUGGAACCCCAGGUCUCCCUCCAGCCUCUAGCUCUUAUAGACCUCCGGGGGGUAUCUCAUCUCUCGUAGCUGCUGGUGCGCCAGGAACUUCUACUGACCCACGGAGCGGACUCCCACCUCCCCCGAGCGCAUCAUUUCGUGGCCCACUAUCUGCUACAACAUCAACAAGCCCUACCACUUACAUCUCAGUAAAUCAAUCAUCUGUGACGGAUCUAGCAAAUUAUGUGGACAACGAUGACGGUGAUGAUUUCGAAACUAAAUGGGCUCCAAAAAUACAGAAAAUGUAUGACGAAUUUCUCGAGGACGAAAGGCGAUAUGUGACCGAAGGAAUGUGGGAUAGGUUUCCAGUUGGCUCACGAUUAUUUAUCGGGAAUCUUCCCAGCGAGAAAGUAACGAAGCGUGACCUAUUUCACAUCUUCCAUCAUUACGGAAAGAUCGCACAAAUAUCAAUUAAACAAGCGUAUGGCUUUGUUCAAUUCUUGCACAGCGAUCAUUGUUACAAAGCACUUGAUUCAGAACAGGGAGCAGAGGUUAGAGGGCGAAAAAUGCAUCUUGAAAUUUCUAAGCCACAAAAGAAUACCCGCAAUGCACAACACGCAGCUGCUUCCACUGGCCAACGAAACAAAUCACCAGAUAGAUCGGCCAACGGAAGAAGUAACCGUAAUAACGAUCGAUUCGAUCGCUUGACGGUAGCAGCUCGACCUGAUGAACAGAGUCGCUCAUUGCGCAUCCGAGAUGACUAUCGGCCUGCUAGACCAGCAUCGCCGCCUCGUAGCAGCAACUUUCGUGGUAGAGAUGCCUAUAUUCCAAACUUACGAGAAACACACGAUGCGCGCGAUAGGCGACGUUCGAGGUCACCUUACAACCAUAGAGAUAAUGGAAAAUAUCGAGAAAGAAGCCUCAGUCCCAGGGCUAGAGAUGAAGCAGACGAUAUUGAAAUGCUGAUCCCUCGUCGUGACCCUCGAGAUGUUCCAGAUAUGCAGAUAAUUUUGCUGGAACAGUUGGAUAGACAAUUUGUCUCGUGGGUGGAAAGCGAGGUGCGUGGCCGUGGUGUUAAGGUUGAAGUCAUGUUCUUGAGUCCUCGGGUCCCAAUUGAGAUGGUUAUUCGUCGACAAAUUCUAGAAGGAGUAUAUGCUGUCUCGAGACUUGACGUCAGUUCCCAGAACUGUAGCAAAAUUCCACUCCAAGUUUUCGAUCGUCAGGGCGGAGCAAACGAUGUACGAUUUGACGAAUACCAAGACCUUGAUCCAAAAAUAGCAGGUGAACUGGUUUUAAGAGCUAAACAGAGUCAACCGCUAGGACAUAGCCAGGCUCCUCCAUUCGCUCAGACCCCAUUUGUUAGCCCUACAUAUCAAAAUCCUGCCAUGCCAGCUACAGCCAAUCUUGCAAGUUUAGUCGGCUCACUAGAUAAUGCUACUCUUCAGAAGUUGUUAGAAACCCUCAACACGCCACAGCAGCAACAGAAUGCCCCGCAAGCAAACGCACCAUCUGUUGAUCUUGUUAGUCUAUUGGGGGGAUUCAAACAGAAUCCCGCAAUACAGAAUUACGCGCCUCCUAUAACCUCCAUCGAACAAUAUAGUAACGCUGCUCAUCCAGGUCAGAACCCGUACAUUAGCAAUAAUUCUGCCACAGCAUAUAACCAGUCCCAGCCACAUCAGCCAGCCCAACAAGUUCAAAAUAUCAUGGCUCAGCUAGCUAGGUUUCGGCAAUAA